AUGGCCUCUCAAAUCCUCCCUCUAGAACUCAUCGACCGAUGUAUCGGUUCCAAAAUCUGGGUCGUAAUGAAGAACGAUCGCGAGUUUACAGGGACUCUGCUCGGUUUUGACGAUUUCGUCAACAUGGUCCUAGAAGACGUCACCGAAUUUGAAAACACACCGCAGGGUCGCAAGAAGACAAAACUAACACAGACCCUUUUGAAUGGGAACAAUAUCUGCAUGUUGAUCCCAGGAAGCGAUGGACCUACAGACUAG